GGAGGGGAUGGGGUGGGGGGGGGGCGCAGAGGGCUGCCAGCUUUGAGGGUCUCUGGUGAUUGACAGCAAACACCCGAGUUUUCAGCAGCUGCCUUUUGGUUGGAGGGUAGGUGGGCCCUGGGGGUGCUCUGCCUCGAAGAAACCCUGUGCCUAUCGACCACAACCUGUCCAGGUGGGUGGGAGCCGCCUGCCUGCGCUGCCCUCACCCCAUGAAGUGGGUCACAGGGAACCGGGGAGGGCCUGCCCGGGCUCAGACUCGCUAAGGGGUUCGUUGUGUCCCGCCCCUCACCAGAUUUCUCUGGAAAGCGCGUCGGCCCGGGUUCGGGGCUGGUCCGCGCCCCCCGCCCGCCCUGCCGGCCGCGCUCGGCUGUCUCCGCGCCCGGCGCUCGUCAGCGCUCGGCUGUCUCCGGCCCCUCGGCUCGGCGCUCGGCUCGGGUCCGCGGCCGCUGCGGCGCCGGGCAUUUCUCCGCAGCUCGGCUCGCGGCCGCGCCCGCCCGGCCCGCGCCCAUGCAGGCCAUCAAGUGUGUGGUGGUCGGCGACGGCGCCGUGGGGAAGACCUGCUUGCUGAUCAGCUACACAACCAACGCCUUCCCCGGAGAGUACAUCCCCACAGUUUUCGACAACUAUUCUGCGAAUGUGAUGGUGGAUGGGAAGCCCGUCAACCUGGGGCUGUGGGACACCGCCGGGCAGGAGGACUACGACCGCCUGCGGCCACUCUCCUACCCCCAAACUGACGUCUUCCUGAUCUGCUUCUCCCUGGUGAGCCCAGCCUCCUUUGAGAAUGUUCGAGCCAAGUGGUACCCAGAGGUUCGGCACCAUUGCCCGCACACGCCCAUUCUCCUGGUGGGCACCAAGCUGGACCUUCGUGACGAUAAGGACACCAUCGAGCGACUGCGGGAUAAGAAGCUAGCGCCCAUCACCUACCCCCAGGGCCUGGCCAUGGCCCGAGAGAUCGGCUCUGUCAAGUACCUGGAAUGCUCAGCCCUGACCCAGCGGGGCCUGAAGACAGUGUUCGACGAGGCCAUUCGGGCUGUGCUCUGCCCGCCCCCUGUGAAAAAGCCAGGGAAGAAGUGCACGGUCUUCUAGAGCCCCCACUUCCGGAAGAGCAGCCCUCCCUGCCUGUAUCUGUUGUGUUGAGAUGUGUCCUUGAGUCCGCUGUGGGGGAGUGGUGGGGGUGGGGAGGGGGAAGAAGCAUGGGGAUGAGGCUGCUGCUCCCGGGGCAAUGCGGGGGCCAUGGGGGUCCUGUCUGCUCUGCCUCGUCUUCGUAGAGGUGCAGCUCCAGCCUCCCCUGGCCCCCACGGGAGGCUGGAAGGGAGCAGGGUCUCCCUCAGGCUGUAGGGGCGGGUCCGGGGCAGCCCCAGGAUGGGCUUCCCUGAUGGGGGAGUUUGGGGGGGGUGGGUUCUGUCCUUGUGCCCCAGGAUGGGGCAGCCCCUUCUUAUUUUAUACAAUAAACCUUCUUCAUCAUC